CUGGUGCGAACCGUCCAGUGUACCAAGUGACGUAGCCAAACAAAGAUGGCGACGGUCCAUCUGGGGCUCCGUGUUAACUCGACGAAAUUAGAGAAAAUUACUCUAAAUAAUGUUAAUUUAAGCGACACGGUAGAUACCAUUAGAGAACAGGCAGCUAGCAAGAGCAAGACGACGGCUGACAAGAUACAGUUAGUCCACUGCGGUGUGGUUCUUAAAGGCUCUGAUACUCUUAAGGAUGCAGGAAUAACAUCGGGAACUAUGAUUCACUGCCUGCCUAAGUGUGAGGAAUCUACGCCAACAGCAGUACCGCUGAGUCUUCCAGAGGUUCAGACGUUACUGGUGUCCCUCAGAAAUGUUGCAACAAGCCCAAAUUUUCGAGAUUUUAUCCAGAAACUUCGUGGCCCAGAGAUGGUAGAGAAGAUAUUAUCCUCUUGUCCUAUUGCCCGAAGCGAACCUACAGCUCUCGCCAUGUUGCAAGAUCCAGAGCUAUUUAUGGGUCUUACAAAUCCCGACAAUUUAAGCACCGUUGUUGAUGCUCAGCCAGCUGUGGGAAGAGUCGCGCAGUACGUAGCUUCUUUAAUGACGAAUGAAACCACAUCCCCUCGUCGCUCCCACCACGUCUCCUACUCCAUGGACGCACUCUCUGAUGAUGAUGAGAUGGAUGCGGAACAGUCUGGAGACUCGGCUGGUGGAAGUCGAGCUAGCGGCUCGAUACCUUUUCAGCCAAUUACACCAGCUCAGCUUGCUGCAGCUCUUGCCAGUGCCACAGGUAAUAGCACCAAUGGCAGCAGUAAUAGACUUCCUUCCAGUGCCCCCCGCAGUAUUCCCACAACCCCAUCUGCUGUUACCACCACACCUUUUAAUACUCCAGCUCCAUCAGCUGGUGCCCCUGCAGCCCCAGGACCUAUCACCCAUGAAAUGUUCAGCAAUGCUCUGCAGAAUGCAUUGGCUGCCUCUGCAAGUCGGGCCUCGGGUCCGUCUUCAUCUUCGUCCUCAUCAGGUCCUCCGUCUGCCAGCAUCCAGAUUCCCAAUCUUGAUGAGUCUUUACAGCUCAUGAGAGAGAUGGGCAUCCCUGAUGAAGAUCUUAGUCGUCAAGCUUUACAAGCCACAAAUGGAGAUGUACAAGCAGCAGUGAAUCUCAUAUUUGCUCAGUGGAUGGCUGAUGACUAGUAUAAUCGUGUUUUAUACUAGGUAAUGCUUAAUUUUGUUGAUCUGCUCGACUCUCUAAUCUUGACCUGCUUUGACUAUAGCUUAUAUGACCAGUGCCGUACUUGAGAUACUUAUUAUAAAUAUAUCAGUGUUUUGUGCAGUUCAAUGAUAGGAAACGGUGAAUAGUUUACCUAAUAACUUUUCAUCUACAGGAAAAUUAAAGGUAAUAUUAUAGUAAA